AUGGGAACGACGAUACGGAAGCAAUGGGUAAAACUUGGUACCCCUUCAGUAAAGAUGAACAAGCUACUGGAAUAUGGGAGAAAAGCCAUGUUCUAUGUGAGAGUCCUCUCUGGUUAUGAAGAAAGGAGAAUUCGGAAUUACAGGUUGCAACUCGAAAAGCGAAUCCAGCAGGCCCAACAACAGAAAGCAGAACUAAACAGACUCCCAGAGAAGAUUAUAUUAUCUGAAGUCCGCCGUAUGGUUGACGAGAUGCAGAAUUUGAAUAAGCAGAUUGAGAAUACGGAGGCUCAGAUUGAAAACUACUUCAAACCGAUAGACAAGCAAGCCGGUACCAUAAUGGAGGUUCAGCUCGAAUCAGAGAAGAAAACGAUGGGGACAAUGAUGACUGCAACACAAGAGGAAACUAUAAGAAAGAUUGAAGAAGCAGAGAGACUCGCUCGGGCACGUGGAAACGCAAAUGCAACUGUAGAGACAAACACGGGAGAGAAGAUCCAGGGUACAGAAUCCUCAACCAAUGAAAAAGCUCAAGCAAAGUAAAGACAUAUCUUGUAUUCAUGUUGACACAGAAUAGAUUCAGAGUCCUCUGAGCAGGUCCAAGGGUUCAAAUUCUCUUAGUUGAUCAAGCUGAGAUAGUAUCCUCACAUUUGUUGAGUUUUAAUAAUUUGGAAUUUUGGUUGACGGAAUAGAUAACAAGACCGAGAUUGUAGUCUGUGUAGCUUGCAAGAACUUAUUACGUGAGAGGUUUUUUCUCAAGAACCUAUCUUGGAAGGCGAAACAUUUAAACUGUAGGAUUAUUGAUACAAGACUCGAAAUCAUUUCAAGUAAUGUUCCCUUGAAA